AUAUAAGAAAUGCGUGUAUUACAUUGAGAGAGAAGUAUUACAUGGAGCGAUUUCUUAUAAGAAGGUCCAGGAACUUUGCCUCUGCAAUGGCAGAGAUAUUGGUAUUUCUUAAAUCACAGCUUCAAAACUAAGAUAUAUACCGACGGGUAUAUAUAUAUAGAGAGAGAUAAUAACAGUAAAAAUAUUUGCUAACGGAAAGAGUCCGGUUUGAGCAAUAAAUAAGUAAAGAUCGUACUUAUUAAGAAGCGCAAGAGGCGCAAUAUUUUUGCGGCGGGUUAUUAUCAAGUGGCAUGCCCCAGUGACCAUUCCAUCAUACAUUUGGCAAAUUUAACGCACAAGUAAAUUUUACGGAGAUAAAAUAAUAGUAAUAAUAAAAAAUAGAAAUUAUUUUAAAAAAAGAAGGGAAGAGAAAACUGUAAGUCCUACCAAAUUGCUGUUUGUGGACUCGCCCUCACAGAACAACCUCCUGGACACCAAGCCUUACGACUAGCAAGAGCAACCUCUAGAUCAUCUGUCCUCAUCCUAUUCGACCUCUCUGCUGCUUUCGACACUGUGAACCAUCAGAUCCUCCUGUCAACUCUCUCCAGCCUGGGCAUCACUGGAACGGUUCUGCGCUGGGUGGAAUCCUAUCUCUCUGACAGAUCCUUCAAGGUAUCAUGGAGGGGAGGCAUUUCUGAAACUCAGCAACUCACAACUGGUGUUCCACAGGGGUCAGUUCUGGGUCCACUCCUCUUUUCUAUUUACACUACAUCUCUAGGGCAGGUGAUUGAGUCUCAUGACUUCUCAUGUCAUUGCUAUGCUGAUGACACCCAGCUCUAUUUGUCCUUCCAGCCUGACGAUCCAUCCGUCUCUGCACGCAUCUCUGCUUGCCUGUCGGACAUCUCGGUCUGGAUGAGGGAACACCAUCUUAAGCUCAACCCGGCAAAAUCUGAGCUUCUCGUCAUCCCAGGCUGUCCCUCAAUCAACCACAACCUCACUGUACAGCGCAGCUCAACCACACUCAAGCCAACCUGGACGGCCAGGAACCUUGGGGUGAUUCUUGAUGACAGCUUGACCUUUAUAGACCACAUCUCAACAACUGCACGGUCCUGUAGGUUCAUCCUGUACAACAUCAAGAAAAUCAGACCCUACCUCACCGAACAGGCUACACAGAUACUAGUCCAGGCUCUUGUUAUCUCAAAACUGGACUACUGCAACUCACUACUCUCGGGCCUCCCGGCCAGCUCCAUCAAACCCCUUCAGAUGAUUCAGAAUGCUGCAGCACACCUCGUCUUCAAUCAGCCCAAGAGAACCCAUGUCACACCAGUCUUCAUCUCCCUCCACUGGCUUCCUGUAGCCGCCCGCAUCAAAUUCAAGGCCUUGAUGCUCACCUACAAGAUAUUGUCUGGAAUAGCACCCUCCUACCUCAGCUCUCUCCUGAAGGCUUACGUUCCCUCACGCAAUCUGCAAUCGAUUAGCGACCGACGCUUAGUAGUUACAACUCAGCAUGGCUCAAGGUCCCUUUCAAGAACCUUCUAAGGAACUAACUGUUCCUCAGUGGUGGAAUGAACUUCCAACCUCAAUCCGGACCGCAGAAUCUCUCACCAUCUUCAAAAAACAGCUAAAGACCCACCUCUUCCGUGAACACCUAACCAACUCAUUAAAAAAAAAAAAUGCACUUACACCUCUACUCUGUGCACUUUGCUUCUUCUGGAACUCAAUUAAUGGAUCUUGUAUGGUAGCACUACUUGUAUUGUUCUCUGCUUGAUAUAUCACUUUGCUUGUAUUUUCUCGUUUGUAAGUCGCUUUGGAUAAAAAGCAUCUGCUAAAUGAAUAAAUGUAAAUGUAAGUAUUCACAGCCUUUGCUCAAUACUUUGUUGAAGCACCUUUGGCACCAAUUACAGCCUCAAGUCUUUUUGAGUAUGAUGCUCCAAGCUUGGCACACCUAUUUUUGGGCAGUUUCUCCCAUUCUUCUUUGCAGGAGCUCUCAAGCUCCAUCAGGUUGGAUGGGGAGUGUUGGUGCACAGCCAUUUUCAGAUCUCUCCAGAGAUGUUCAAUCAGGUUCAAGUCUGGGCUCUGGCUGGGCCACUCAAGGACAUUCACAGAGCUGUCCUGUAGCCACUCCUUUAUUAUCUUGGCUGUGUGCUUAGGGUCAUUGUCCUGUUGGAAGAAGAAUCUACGCCCCAGUCUGAGGUCCAGAGUGCUCUGGAGCAGGUUUUCAUCAAUGAUGUCUCUGUACAUUGCUGCAUUCACCUUUCCCUCGAUCCUGACUAGUCUCCCAGUUCCUGCCACUGAAAAACAUCUCCACACCAUGAUGCUCCCACCACCAUGCUUCACUGUAGGGAUGAUAUUGGACAGGUGAUGACUGGUGCCUGGUUUCCUCCAGACAUGAUGCUUGCCAUUCAGGCCAAAGAGUCCAUCUUUGUUUCAUCAUGGUCUGAGAGUCCUUCAGGUGCCUUUUGGCAAACUCCAGGCGGGCUGUCAUGUGCCUUUUACUGAGGGGUGGCUUCCGUCUGGCCACUCUACCAUACAGGCCUGAUUGGUGCAGUGCUGCAGAGAUGGUUGUUCAUCUGGAAGGUUCUCCUCUCUACACAGAGACACGCUGGAGCGCUGUCAGAGUGACCAUCGGGUUUUUGGUCACCUCCCUGACUAAGGCCCUUCUCCCUCGAUCGCUCAGUUUGACCGGGCGGCCAGUUCUAGGAAGAGUCCUGCUGGUUCCAAAUUUCUUCCAUUUGCGAAUGAUGGAGGCCACUGUGCUCAUUGGGACCUUCAAUGCUGCAGAAAUGUUUCUGUACCCUUCCCCAGAUCUGUGCCUCAAUACAAUCCUGUCUCGGAGCUCUACAGACAAUUCCUUGGACUUCAUGGCUUGGUCUGUGCUCUGACAUGCAUUGUUAACUUUGGGACAUUAUAUAGACAGGUGUGUGCCUUUCCAAAUCAUGUCCAGUCAACUGAAUUUACCACAGGUGGACUCCCAUCAAGUUGUAGAAACAUCUCAAGGAUGAUCAGUGGAAACAGGAUGCACCUGAGCUCAAUUUUGAGUGUCAUGGCAAAGGCUGUGAAUACUUAUGUACGUGUGCUUUUUUGUUUUGUUUUUUAAAUAAAUUUGCAAAGAUUUUAAACAA